AUGACCAAACUUAUGUCUAAGGACGAGUCGCUUACUCCGAAUGGCCUGUAUGUGGGCGUGGCUACCUUGGCCAGCAUGGUCUUUACUCGCUACCCAGGCGCGUUCCCCGUCCGCUGGUUUGUUCCUCCCGUGGUAUUUGCAGCAUCCAUGAAGUACUUCCUGCCAAAGACUUCUGAUAAUUUGGUCGAGUACUACGAGAAAAAAGAAUAUCAGUAUGCACCCCAGUUGAGUGAGACUCGGCGUAACUACUGGGAAAAGGCUCAGCAGUAUUGGUACACUGGUGUGGAUCACCUCACGAUGACGGGAGACAAACUUCGUUCGUUGUUCUCCACCGGUGUUCAGGACGUGCAAAGGUCAACAGGAUUACAGAUUAGCACUCUGCUUCCGCAAGAGAAUAAGACUGUGCCUGAUAAGGUGGCCACCCCUGAGGUGUCUGGGAAGAAGAUCAUCUAG